AUGAAAAACAAAGAUGUUGCUCAAGGUGCCAUUGAAGAAAGAUCAAGGUUUUGGAAGAAAUUGAAGACUUUUCUAGGUUGCAUGCUUCUCAGCUCAAAAGAGGAAGCAACCUCCAACAAAAGCAAAGAUGGUGAAGGAAAAAAUGUCAGAAGAGAUAUUGUUCGGCACAAAAGGGCAAAACCCUCAUCCACCAACGAAGGGCAGGAGUUUAUUGCAACUUGUUCCAAUCUUCGGAGGUUCACUUUUCACGAUAUUCAGAUUGCAACACAGAAUUUUGGUUGCAGGAAUUUUCUUGGUAGGGGAGGUUUUGGAACUGUGUUCAAAGGUUGGAUUGAUGAAAGAGGGAAUUCUGCAGCAACACCUGGAACUAGGGUUCCAGUAGCAGUGAAGACUCUAAAUCCAAAUGGAUUUCAAGGUCAUAAACAAUGGCUUGCUGAAAUUAAAUAUCUGGGUGAACUCUAUCAUCCUAAUCUAGUGAGAUUGGUGGGUUAUUGCAUGGAGGAAGAUAAAAGGGUACUCGUAUACGAAUACAUGUGUCGAGGAAGCUUAGAGAAGUAUCUGUUCCAGAGAGGAACUGUGCGACUUCCAUGGCGUAUCAGGAUUAAAAUUGCAAUGGAUGCUGCCAAUGGUUUGACAUUUUUGCACGAGGAAGCUGCACGGGCAGUGAUUUUUCGAGAUUUCAAGACAUCCAAUAUCCUUUUGGAUAAGGACUUCAAUGCAAAACUUUCAGACUUUGGGUUUGCAAAAGAUGGUCCAGUGGGAGAUAAAAAUCACGUGUCUACGGAGAUUAUGGGAACAGAAGGUUACAUAGCCCCUGAGUAUGUGUUGACAGGGCAUCUUACAUCGAAGAGUGACGUUUAUAGCUUUGGGAUGGUUCUCCUGGAAAUGCUGACAGGAAGAAGAGCUGUGGAUCAAAUGAGGCCUGCAAAAGAGAAACACUUGGUGGAUUGGUUGCGUCCUCGUAUAAGGAGAAAAGAGAAUUUUCAUUACGUGAUGGAUCCUAGAUUUGAAGGGCAGUAUCCAAUCAAAGAUGCAUAUAGGGCAAUGAGGUUGGCCGUUCAGUGUCUUCGGCAUGAUCCAAGUGGAAGACCACUGAUGAGUGAAGUGGUUGGUGAGUUGAAGCAUUUGCUGGCUCGUGAUGAUGAUGAUGGCAUGCAUUCUGCUCCCUCAAUUUCACCUUCACCUUCUCCUUCACCUUCACCUUCAAUCCCCUCAUCCUCACUUGGCAGAAUCCAUGUCGGUCCCUCCAACCAUGCCGCCGGUGCUAACAAGUAUGGCCUUAGAACUGCUUCAGAACCCAACGUCCCACGGCGUUUUCAGGCCUCACCACUCGGCCAAGACAGCCCUCUCUUUCCACCUCCAUCGUAA